GUGUAUGACGUGGAUGGCUUCAGUGUGCCGCCCAGCACGAUCGCGGCGCUGAAGGCGGGCGGCAAGAAGGUGGUGUGCUACUUCAGCUUCGGCACCUUCGAAAGCUACCGCCCCGACUCUGACAGCUUUCCCAAGCGCGUCAAGAAGGGCCGAGUGUGUCAGGACCGGUGGUGCCGCAAGUGGUGGCCGGGAGAGCGGUGGCUGAACGUGAAGGACCCCGUGGUGAAGCAAAUCAUGGAGAAGCGCGUGCAGCUAGCAGCGAGCAAGGGGUGUGACGGCAUCGAGCCAGACAACAUCGACGCCUACAGCAACCGCCUCAACGUGUGGCUGCCGCCCUUCUCCAGGAGCGUGCGCAUCAGCAAGAAUGACCAGAUUCGGUACAACGCGUGGAUCGCAGACACCGUGCACAGGCACGGCAUGAGUGUGGGGCUCAAGAAUGCGUUGACCAUUGCAGGGGCGCUGGUUGGCAAGUACGACUGGGCGCUGGUGGAGGAGUGCAACGCGUUCAGUGACUGGAGUGGUGGGGAGUGGUACAAGGGCAAGUACGAGUGCGACUAUGCGAAUGUGUUUAUCAAGGCGAACAAGGCGGUGUUUGUGGCAGAGUACACAUCGGCAUGGGGCACCACUGCAGGGCGGGCCAACAGCAUUCAGUUCCCCCAGCGCAUGUGUGCAGACAACAACGCACAUGGAUUCUCUACGCGUCUCCACGACCUAGACCUGGGCCCCACCAAGUUCCCCUGGGCGGACUGCCUGCAGCACCAGCCAGCGGGGUGCGCUGCUGCUGCGUGGCAGGUUUGCAUGCAGGCCGGUGUUUCGCCUCUUUCUCUCUCCCUGGGUCUCUCUCCUCGUCGCACCCGGUCUCCUGUUUUCCGCCCAUCUCUCCCCUCUUCCCGCGUGGUAGCGCCCGCCGCAAUGAGCGCGAGAGCCGCCAUCACCGCACGCGCCGUCAAUUCCGCCGCACCACGCGCAAUGUCUGCCUCGCCCGCGCUCAGCGGCAUGGGUUCGCGAUGCACCGUGACCGCAUCCGCGUGCUGCCGGCCGCGCCGCUGCCUCCCUGCCGCCCCUGCUCGCCGAUCUCUGUCGCUUCGCGAAGCCGUCAUCGUAGCCGUCCAUCCGCACGAGAACGGACGGUCGAUGCCGCUGGGAACAGGCCGAAGCGGCAAGGCAGCGCAAUUCCCGGCGCGGAUCGCGGGGAUUACGGAGGCACAUUGCCUAAGCACAUCUGCCUCGAGUUACUCUCAAGCAGGAGCGUUGAGCGGUGGAGAACGGUGCAGGACGGUACGGGUGCGAGCAGAGAAUACAGAGACGGGAGGGGGAAGCGGUGGAGGGGGAAUGGGCGGCGGGGAAGGCGGAAAAGGAGGGGGAGGAGGAGGGGGAGGGGGAGGGGAUGGCAAUGGAGUCAAUAAAAACUCGCUACUUGCACUUACUGGACCGCCACCCGCUGGCAGUGAAGGCGGGCACGUCCAUGCUGCUCAACCUGCUGGGCGACCUCUUCUGCCAGGUGCGUGCCUGUGGGGGGGAAGGGGGCAUUGGGGGCACAUCCCUUGUGCUCGUUAUGCGCUCAAGGCGGUGAAGGCGGGCACGUCCAUGCUGCUCAACCUGCUGGGCGACCUCUUCUGCCAGGUGCGUGCCUGCGGUGAAGGCGGGCACGUCCAUGCUGCUCAACCUGCUGGGCGACCUCUUCUGCCAGGUGCGUGCCUGUGGGGGGGAAGGGGGCAUUGGGGGCACAUCCCUUGUGCUCGUUAUGCGCUCAAGGCGGUGAAGGCGGGCACGUCCAUGCUGCUCAACCUGCUGGGCGACCUCUUCUGCCAGCUGGUGGUGGAGGGAGGGCACGGGGUGGAUGCGAGGAGAGCAGCCACCAUCUCCCUGCUGGGGCUGCUGCUCGUGGGACCCACGCUACACGUCUGGUACUCACUGCUGUUCCGCGUGGUCUCAGUGCAGGGCACUCCCGGCACUCUCAUCCGCCUCGCUCUCGACCAGCUCCUCUUCUCGCCGCUCUUCAUCGCCACCUUCUUCUCCAGCCUCCUCACCCUUGAGGGCCGCCCAUCCGCCAUCCCUGACGUGCUCAAGCAGGAGUGGGCCAAGGCGGUGGUGGCCAACUGGAAGGUGUGGAUUCCCUUUCAGUUCCUCAACUUCCGCUUCGUGCCGCUGCACCUUCAGGUUGCUGCAUCCAAUGUGAUCGCGCUGCUGUGGAAUGUCUACCUCUCCUUUGCAAGCCAUCGUGGUGUGAAGGAGAUGUGA